UAUUCUCUCAACUAUCUCCGCAAGGUCAGAUGGACAUAUAGUGAAGGGAUUGAGUCCAGUUGGUCUCACAUGAACCCAAUCGCAUUGAGUGCACAGGAGAUGGAGCUGGCCAUGCGCCAAGAAGUUCUCGAUGACCAUUGGAGUGCCUGGAACUGGGGGAAGAUAAUCAAUCUG